AUGAUUAAUAUAAAUAUUUUAGGUUUAGUAGAACGGUUAGCCGAAGGAGAAGAUGUGAUAAUAGCGGAAGGAUAUCUUUUUGAGUUUGAGAGAAGAGGUUUACUCAAAGCUGGAUCUUUCGUACCGGAAGUAGUUCUUGAAUUUCCUGAGAGAGUCCUAGAUUUGCACGAAGAAUUUGUCCAUGCCGGUAGUGACGUAGUCCAGGCAUUUACGUAUUAUGGUCACCGUGAAAAGAUGAGACUGAUCGGGAAAGAACACCUUCUAGAAAAACUCAAUAUUGAUGCGCUGAAAAUCGCACGACGAGUGGCAGAUAGAACAGGAACCUUAAUGGCAGGGAAUAUUUGUAACACCACUAUAUACCAAAAAGAUAACCAAGAACUUGCAGAACAAACCGAGGCCAUGUUUAAGGAACAAAUACAAUGGGCAGAAGGUAAUGGAGCUGAUUUCAUCAUAGCUGAAACUUUCCUUGACUAUGGGGAAGCUGAAUUGGCGUUGGAAUGUAUCAAGAAAUAUGGAAACGGUCUUCCGGCUUUGGUGAACCUUACACCACCAGCUACAGAAACAACGUUUGAUGGUAAACCAAUCGACGUGGCUUGUAAAAUGUUAGAAGAUAAAGGAGCAGCUGUAGUUGGUCUAAACUGUAGCCGUGGACCUGGUACUAUCAUACCUCUAAUAAAAAAAGUCAGAGAAAUGUGUAAGGGACCAAUAGCAUGUCUACCAGUACCAUAUAGAACUACACCAGAACAACCAAUAAUGCAAUCAUUAGUUGAUCCAGAUACAAAUAAAAUGGCUUUUCCUGAGAAUUUACCAGCCUUCCAGUGUAGCAGGUAUCAGAUUAGAGAAUUUGCUAAACAAUGUAAAGAAAUAGGCGUUGAAGUGGUUGGAUUAUGUUGUGGUAAUGCUUCACAUUAUAUGAGAGAAGUAGCUGAGGUUUAUGGUAGAAAACCUCCAGCUAGUAAAUAUUCUACAGAUAUGUCUCUACACUUCAUGUAUGGAAACCAGGCUCAUUUCUCAAAGCAUUAUACACAGGGUUAUAAGAAAAGAUUCACCUCAAAAACAAAACACGACGAAAGUAAUUAGU